CAGCAGGCGGAGGCGGGCAAGGCCGCGGGGCUGCGGGCUGCGCCGGGCGGAGGCGGCUCCGGCGGCCACUGCAGGACAGUUAUUCUGAGUGACGGCCCUUGCAAGCGCUUCUGAGUGGUUAUCAUGGGCUUCAUUGCCUUUCUGAAGACCCAGUUCAUAGUUCAUCUCCUCAUUGGGUUUGUUUUCGUUGUGAGUGGACUAAUCAUUAACUUCAUUCAACUAUGCACACUAGUCCUCUGGCCCAUAAACAAGCAGUUUUAUCGCCGAAUAAACUGUCGCCUUGCCUAUUCACUUUGGAGCCAGUUGGUAAUGUUGCUGGAAUGGUGGUCAGGCACAGAGUGCACCUUGUUCUCCGAUCAGGCUACAGUGAAUACCUUUGGGAAAGAGCAUGUCAUCAUCAUCUUGAAUCAUAAUUUUGAAAUUGACUUCUUGUGCGGAUGGACUAUGACGGAGCGCUUUGGAGUGCUAGGGAGUUCCAAAGUUCUUGCUAAAAGAGAACUAUUAUAUGUGCCCCUAAUUGGCUGGACAUGGUACUUCCUUGAGAUUGUCUUCUGCAAAAGGAAAUGGGAAGAAGACAGAGAUACAGUAAUUGAAGGAUUAAAACGUUUGUCUGAUUAUCCUGAAUAUAUGUGGUUUCUCCUGUACUGUGAAGGAACUCGUUUUACAGAGACCAAGCAUCGUAUCAGUAUGGAGGUAGCUGAAUCCAAGGGGCUACCUAAACUGAAAUAUCAUCUGUUGCCCAGAACCAAAGGUUUCACCACUGCUGUCCAGUGUCUCAGGGGAACAGUUUCAGCAGUGUAUGAUGUAACACUAAAUUUCAGAGGAAACAAGAAUCCUUCUUUAUUAGGAAUUCUUUAUGGAAAGAAAUACGAAGCAGAUAUGUGUGUAAGGAGAUUUCCUCUGGAAGAUAUCCCUCAAGAUGAAAAGGAAGCUGCAAACUGGCUUCAUAAGCUUUACCAAGAAAAGGAUGCUUUGCAAGAGAUGUAUAAUCAAGAAGGCAUAUUUCCUGGCCAGCAGUUUAAACCUCCUAGAAGACCAUGGACUCUCCUAAACUUUCUCUUCUGGGCCACAAUUCUCCUAUCUCCUCUCUUCACAUUUGGCUUUGGCGUUUUUGCAAGUGGAUCACCUCUUCUUAUCCUUGCAUUCCUGGGAUUUGUUGGAGCAGCUUCCUUCGGAGUUCGUAGACUGAUAGGAGUAACUGAAAUAGAAAAAGGCUCCAGCUAUGGCAACCAAGAAUUCAAGAAAAAGGAAUAACUGACAGCUGCAGUUCAGCACAUGUAACCAGACUGUGGUAUCCAAUUAACUUCAGUUAAAAAAAAACACACAAAAACACUUAGAAACUAUCUUUUUCUUAAUAACUGAUGACUAAUAUUAAUGAAUAAAACUUGAGCCAAGAAUGAAGAAGUUGGAGGCAUCAACUGAAGAGAAAGCAUCGACUUUCUGCCUGUUUAAGGAUUAUUGUAGUCAAACUAUGGGAGAAAAUCUGGAGGAAAAAAGAAACUAAUUUUUCUUGCUUUGGGAAUGUGAGGGGGGAGGUAUAAGGGAGCAUUGGACAUGGCCAUGUGCGUCUUCAGAUGACUGAACACACUGGUUGCUGUCAAGACCACUACACUCACUUUUACAACAGGAGCCACUGAAUGUUUCCUCUUGCUAAAGCCAACGCAAUGUUUGUUGUUUUCCAAUGUUUUUUUAAUUAAUGCUCCAGGGAUAAAAACAACCCUUCGUAAAUUAACUGAAAAACAUUCUUUGGGUCAGAGUCAUUUUGGAAAGGCUGCGUUGUCAUAGCUACAGGUGAAAUUGUAUUUGUAUGUUACACUGAUACCUUUUUAUUUUCAGGCAACAUCUUACAACUUCUGUAAUGCAAAGGAAUGGAUAGUGGAGUUUGGAUGGAAGCAGUAUAUUACUGAUCGGCACGUAUUAUAGAACAGAAUCACUAAUAUUACAACAGUAUAAAAUUCUCAUCUUAUCUCCUGCCAACUGCUCAAGGCUCAGUUUAAACUCAACAUACAACUUUGGUCUUGAGUGUUGUUUGCCCUGUUUCACAUCAUACAUAUGUGUAACCUUGAAUUUGUUUGGGUUUAUUUUGUUUUUUGAAUUACUGGUGACUGUGGGAUUUGGAGUUGUGCAAAGAAGGAAAUUUAUUCAAUUGUCCUGACAUUUCCUCUUUUUAUUUCUGUUCAUGUGUGUCCUCACUGAAGUCCCAUUCAACCAAUUUCUCUAAGUAAACCGGGAGACAGCAGCAGAAACCAGCACAGUAGCUUUCCAAAAGCUGUCUUUUACAUGAAGUAACUCUAAAAUGAGGGGCUAGUAGGAAUCAGAGUUCAAAUACUGGCAUUUCUUGAGCUUUUAAUGGGAGUUUUGACAUUGAUUCAAAGGGGGACAGGAUCUUACCCUGUGUGCUCUACCAAUAGGCUAUGCUGCACUUUUUACAUGGUUGUGCUUUAGUUUUAAUGUGGAGUGUAUUGCAAGAUGAGCCGUACUAUUAAGCACUAGAGUAAGUUUGGGAUCUCUUCAGGGAUUUUAAAUAACUUUAGUUUUGCUUGUUGAUCUUUUGGAUUUUUUUCACUGAAAUUUAGAGAAUUGUGGCUGUACCUCUUUUUUUUUUUUUUUUUUUUUUUUUUUCAAAUGCACAGUAUGAGAUUUUGUAGAUUGCUGCUGUAUGCGUAGCUGGAGAAUUAUUGGCAGACAGAUGGAAACUACCAACAUGUUCAAGUCUGAAGGCCAAAUUCUGCAUUUGGCUACACACAGAAAUUGGUGAAAUGGGUUGCAGAUAUACAGCUGAGUGCAGAAGCUGACCCUCAAGGUCUGUCAUUUUAACCUAGCUGCCACUAGACUAUUUAUCUCACUUUUGUAAAGAAUCUUAUCAAAGCACUGAUCAUCGUUUUCCUCUUUGCUCUAGUAACCAAGAUAAGAGAGUAAUAAUUUACCUUCUUAUUGUAUUUACUCUUAACUGUUGGAAUGUAACCUGUUCUUCCACAGGUUUUUCUUUGUUUUUAAACAUUAGAAGACUAAUUUCAUAACUCAAAAAAAUAUUUUACUUGGGGUCAUUAAUCACUGUUCCAACAUGCACUUGAUUUUUAUUUGUUGUCUUUUCAACAAGAGGAUUUGAAGGAGGUCCUAUGUUGUCUGUCUUUUGUUAGACUCAUCCACAGUGCAGCACUGUACCAGCAGCCCAGUAUUAGUAUGUUGUGCUUUCUACCCUCAAAAAUUCUGCCCUUAGCUCAAGCUUAAAUGUUGGUGGAAUUUGGAAUAUGCUUUGGGAAUUGAGGAGAACAGAACUUAGCCAUGACUUUGUUUUCCUUACUGAAUGUUUUUGCACUCUGCUUAAACACAGAUUAGAUUUCUAAAUGCUGAUAAAGAGAACUCUCUGAUUUUCUGGUUUUGUUUUGUUUUGUAUUGAUCAGAGGACCAAAACUGGUGGGCUUCUUUUUUAAGUAAUUCAGUAAUGGAUUUAAUUCUUGCUUGUUAGAAAGAUGUUACAAAUGCUGUAUUCUUGCUUUCUGAAGAUGAUAACAAAUAUAUUUAAAUUGUACUGGUUCAGCAAAGCGAGGCUUGCAAAGCAAGCUGACUGUUGACUAUGCUUUACACUUAUCUCUUAUGCAGUAUAUUGAGGGGCAUGACAAGAACUUCCCAAAAUAACUCCCUUAAUGUUGAGAAGAGGGGAAAUGUUUAAGGGGGAAGGAAAUUAGUAGCCUUUCUCUCACGGGAUUCUUUUCUCCUCUUAGUGCAUGUAACUCCCUCUUAGGAAUCAUGGGAUUAGUGCAUGUACAUCAAGGGGAGACUAGUCAACAUUUCAUAUUUUCUUAUCAUAACUUAUUAGUCAUGCAUUGUUUUUGAAAAUAUAAUAUAUCAUCAUUUGCUUAAAUUUUGCUCUUCUAAGCAGACAUAUCAGUAACCAUUUGGAAAACUGAAAUAUACAGCAGUGCACAAAACAGUAUAAAAACAGCACAAAUCUCUUCAUUUUGAAUUUUGUCUCAUCAAAUAAGCUUUUUUAUACAUAUAUAAAUAUAUAUACACAUACACAGAGUAUGUAUAAAUUAACAUGAUGGGAAAUAGCUGAAGUUAAUGUCACUAAUGAAGAUUAGCAGAUGGCUUAGAUUGGAAAAAUGAGCAUAGAUUUUAUAUCUUACACUAUUUUCUUCUGUUUAAUAGAUCAUAGCUUGUAUAUUUGACUACCAAGCCCUCUGAAAGCAAUAAUAAACAAAAAUAUAUCAUGUUUUUUGUCUUUACUUUCCACCAUGCUGUCUGUAAGUUUUAUCAAACUUAAUGU